AUGGGUUGUGGGGCGUCGUCUCGGGUGAAGGUGCCCCCUGUUUGCAGACGCUCGAGCAGCGAUGCCGUUUCAUUCAUGCCCGCUCGCCAAACAGAGGAAUUUAAAAGAGGGCUUAAUGCCAACAACGGCGGUGUUUUUGGUGAGAAAACUGCCGGGGCGGACAUUGGCUUUGCCGGAGUAGGCUGGGGCGAUGACGAAAGACACGGUAACGGACAUCGCUUCGACGGCAGUGGGCUCAACAGCCCAGCCGGAAACAACCUCUCCCACGGCGGAGGACCCGAGUGGAAUGCAAACUAUAUUGGUAUCCGCAAGAAUUUACAUGAAGGUAGUGACGAUGAGUUUGAUGUGAAAUCGGUCAAUGAUGCCGAGGAAAGUCGAGGGAACUCUAGUGGAGCGCUCACCAGCGGGGAUAACGAGGCACCAAACCUUGCCGUCUUUUUUAGCAAGCCACAGGAAUGCUUCUAUUGCCAUACUGCCGCCGUGACAUAUGAAUGCCAGUACUGUGAAGCCUUCUAUGUGUGUGAUGACUGCAUGUGCAAUGAAAACUGUGUCCAUGACCCGACGCACCCCAUGUCUGCCAUUUACGAACUUCCAUCUUGUUGCAGUCGGACAUGCAGUUCUAGUGUAGGGACGAUAGACGAUGGUGCCAGUAGCCUCUUCUACGACCCAUGUGAUGUCUGUGGUCGAGUGAUCAAUGAUGUGGAACUCGUGUACCACUGUACAGAGUGCAAUGCGGUGAUCUGUAAUGGCUGUUUUCAGGCAAAUGGAGGUGCCGUGCAUGAGCAUGAAAUUAAGCCGUUUCGGCGUUCAAUUCGAAGUAGUACGACGGGUUCCGCGUUGGUAAAUAAAAGCCGCAACAGUGAAGGCAAUAAAGUUAUUAAUGACUACGUGGUUGUCCGACUACUUGGUAGGGGAUCAUAUGCCAAAGUGAACUUAGUGCAGCAUCAUCGGACCCUCGCCUUGUAUGCUCUGAAGAUUCUGCGCCGCAAUCGCACGAAUAAAGCGAAGCGGGCUCUUUUAGGACGAGCUUCGAGCGGUGAUGAUUGGCUGCGUGAAAUUGCUGUGAUGAAGUUUGUGUCACAUCCCAAUAUUGUGAAGCUCAAGGAGGUGAUUGAUGAUGUGGAGGCAAACAAGGUAUAUCUUAUCAUGGAGUACUGUGCAAAGGGGCCGGUGUACACGGCGGGUGAGCCGCCCCUUCCUUUAGAAAAGGUGCGAAAGUACAGCCGAGAUAUCAUGGCUGGACUUUUGCAUUUCCAUGGCGAAUAUUUAUUUCACCGCGACAUUAAACCCGCCAAUUGUCUUGUGGAUGACAACGAUGUUGUGAAAAUUGCCGACUUUGGUGCCUCCAGCAGCCAAAUGAAGAACUUGAGCACGGAGGGUACUCUUGCCUAUUCGUGUCCCGAGCAGCUCAGUGGGGAGCGAGUGACAGGCAACGUUGUGGAUAGUUGGGCCUUUGCUCUCACGGUGUACCAGAUGGCGUUUGGCUUCUUACCCAUCGCCACAGAGAGUCUCUCUGAACUGCGUGUAAAUCUUCUGAACGAUCAGCCCAUAAAAAUUCCAACCGAUGCUGACCCGGAGUUGCGAGAUGUCCUUUCUAUGAUGCUUGAGAAGCAACUUUCCAGGCGCAUGCUUUUGCAGGAGGCGGCAUAUCAUCCGUUCUUUAGCAUGGAGGGAAAUAUGGUACCGAGCCCUCCUUCUAGAGCACCUGGAGAUGAUGCGAAUACGGGUCUAAAGGACCUGUACGCGCGAGCGAUGGAUAUGGUUACACGGGGUAGAGGAGUGGAGGAUUGCUUUCAUGGGGUACGGGCGAUUCGUAAAUUGCGUCGUAAGGCUCACACGUGGGAUGUUAACAGCAUGGACAACGAGGAUAGCAACAGCGUGGACUCUGGGAACCCGAGCCCCAGCCCAAUAGUCGACACGAUGGACGCAUGCCAUCCCUAUACAAGUGAAGCCGAUGCCUUUCAAGUUGUCUCCAUGUUGUUGGAGACACUGAAAAAGGGAAAUAUUAAACUCAUCGGUAGGCCCUUAACAGAGUUUCCUUCAUUUCUUACCGAUGCGAGCAGUACGACGACGGAGAUUCGAUUAUCCAACAAUGGUUUUUCCUCGGUUGGUAGAGUUAGUUUUUCACAGUUCAUGCUGUUGCGAGAAGUAAGCAUCACCAACAACUCGCUCACCAGCUUCCCUGUUGAAAUCCUUUCCGCCCCGCGUUUACGUAAACUUGACCUCUCAAAUAACCGUAUAACGGAAGUUCCAGCGGAGAUCUCUAAGGCGACAAUAUUGGAACGCCUCUCUCUACACAACAACCGCAUUCGGUACGUCGGCAUGGAUGAAUCGGGGAGGUCUGUUUUUUCCGGUCGCUGCAUGAGGCAUGUUCGGUUGAGCGGGAAUCCGUUGACUCAUCUCCCUGAGGCACUGCAGACGUGUCCAAGACUGGAGUUGGUGCUUGACGAUUUGCCCGUUCUAGUGGCGGAGUGGAGCCAGUUGCUACCGGAAGUGUCGGUGGUGGUGGUGUGGAAUGACAUCUGUCCCCUGCGGGUGUGCCCGGAGAUCCCUGUGUUAACUUCUGUGAAGGGUAUGCACCUAUUCAGUCUCGCCAUUCUGGAAACCCUUAGUAUUCGCCAUGUUGUGUUGCCACAUUUCGGGGACUGGCUUCCCAUUGGCGAAGUCAGCGCGGAGGAUAUGGAGCACGUUAGCCAAAGAGUAAAAGGCGACGAAGGAGAGUUGCCGGACAAAUUCAGACGCCCGUUGCAAAAAUCUCUGGUAAAUGGUACCGAUGACAGGGGGAGUACGAUGCCGAGGAUGCGGUUUCGUCCUCCCAUUCUCCGCCGUGCGGCAUGUCGCUACCUGCAUAGUUACUUCAUUAUCGGUGGAACGCACUACGACGAGAAUGGAGGUUACUUGGCCCUUCUUAACUACCUUCAAAAGUGCAUUAAAAGAGGGGAACUUGUCCUUCUCUGCUUUGACGAAAAGAAAGUGACAAGGGCAAUGCGUGAAAGAAUUAUUGGCGUGCUUUGUGAAUUGAUCCAAGAAAAUAGCCCCAAUCAACUUGACAUGAAUGAGUGUAUCCAAAUGGUCAUCAAUGCAACGAAGGGGCUCUAUGGAUAA